UAACUCGACCACUCCAUCUCCAAAUCUGUUCUUUUGACAGCCCCAACUUUACAAUGGCCUCCUCGUCUUCUGCCUACAUUCCAUAUCGUCUGGAUGGGAAAGUUGCUCUCGUCACUGGCUCUGGUCGGGGUAUCGGAGCUGCUAUGGCUGUCGAACUCGGCCGGUGUGGUGCGAAGGUAGUGGUCAACUACGCAAACUCCGAGAAAUCCGCAUUGAAAGUGGUUGAUGAGAUCAAAUCGCUGGGCUCCGACGCCAUUGCACUUCAGGCCGACGUUCGAAAUGUGUCCGAGACAACAAAGCUCAUGGAGAAAGCGAUUGAGCACUACGGUGGUCUCGACAUUGUGUGCAGUAAUGCCGGAGUGGUGAGCUUUGGACACCUCAAAGACGUAACCGAAGAAGAAUUUGAUCGCGUAUUUUCUAUCAAUACACGUGGACAAUUCUUCGUUGCGCGCGAGGCUUAUCGUCAUCUCAAUGAAGGUGGACGUAUCAUCCUCAUGUCGUCAAACACGUCCAAAGACUUCUCGGUGCCGAAACAUUCGUUGUAUUCAGGCUCGAAAGGUGCUAUUGACACUUUCGUUCGCGUUUUCUCGAAGGAUUGCGGCGACAAGAAAAUCACGGUGAACGCUGUUGCUCCGGGGGGUACGGUAACGGAUAUGUUUCACGAUGUCUCACAACACUAUAUUCCGAAUGGCGAGAAGUAUUCAGCCGAAGAGAGGCAAGCGAUGGCUGCGCAUGCUUCCCCACUCACCAGGAAUGGGUUUCCCAUCGACAUCGCUCACGUUGUAGUAUUUUUAGCCAGUAAGGAGGGCGAGUGGUUCAACGGAAAGGUCAUCACCCUUGACGGUGGGGCGGCAUAA